AUGGAGUCAUUAUAUUGUGGGCCACAAGUGUUGAGUUGUGGUUAUGACAAAACUGCAAGACUCUUUGAUGUAGAAACAGUCAGUGGCAUGGUGGUGCAGCACUUGGAACUGGGAGUGUGUUAUUUGGGGGAGGGGAAUUUGUCUUGUAUACUAAGCCAAGACAGGAAAUCAGUGUUUCCACACAAAAAUUAUGUGACCUGUGUCCAGUUUCAUCCUAGUCACCCAGCUCUUUUUUUAGCUGGAACUUUUAAAUCUUCCAUCCUAUGUUGGGACAGAAGGACAGGAAGUGUUGCAUCAACAUACUCAACUCUAUUUGGUCAAGUACAGGAUAUGGCUUUUCUACCAGGGGCAGAAGAAUUUAUUUCUGCUGCUGAGGUUGUCAGACGGAAUUUGACAGACAAGGGGAUCAUGGUGUGGGACUUUAGAUCAACAGCAGUUUUAUCAAAUCAAAUUUACCAAGAAGCCUUUACAUGCACUUGCUUGAAGGGCCUCCCUCAUGAAUCACAUUUUAUGGCACAAUCAAUUAAUGGGGACUACAUUGCUUUGUUCUCAACAAGAAAACCUUACAAGCUGAAUAAGUUCAAAAUUUAUGAAGGCCAUAAGCCCAUGCAGCAAACAAAACAGUCUGUGGCUAUCAUAUCAUUUGGAUGUGAUUUUAGUCCUGAUGGAAAAAUAAUUUGUUCUGGCUCAGCAGAUGGGAAAAUGUUUUUCUAUGAUCACAGCACAGCUCGUGUGAUGAGGACAAUAGAGGCCCAUUCUGCUCCCUGUGUGGAUGUUGCCUAUGACCCCACCCUACCCAGCUGGGUGGCAACCUGUGGGUGGGAUGUUCAGGUUAAAGUUUGGACGUAA